GCCUGAAUGUAGGGGUUAGGACAGGCAAAACCUGGCAACUCGGAUCAAGUUAACAGAGCUAGACAACGGCUGUUGAGAAGCAGCUAAGUUCCUCUGGUUUGGACAGUCAACAAAGCAGCCGUGUAACGUUAAUCAACAAAGUGUGCUUCAGGAUUAUGUCUGGAAGUGACAAUGACUCUGUUGACUUGACCAGAACAGGCUCCCCAGUUUAUCACCGAAAAAAACACAGCAUGGAGUCAUCCAGAUCUCCCAGAAGUUCCAAACACCACCAUUCAAGGUCAAGGUCCCGCUCCAGGGACCGGAAACGUGACCGGAAAUACAGACGGAGUCGCAGCAGGAGUAAAGAGGCACGAAAGAGGGACUCUGAGAAGCCAUCAAAAUCACACAGAAAAACAGACGAGCAGCAAGAGCCAGAGAGACUUUCAGCAGAGAAUGGAGAGGAGCGAUCCAGACGCAAAGAUAGGAGGCCCUCCAAGGGCAGGAGCGUGUCCAGGUCACACUCACGAGAGAGGCGGCCUCACAGCAAAAGUAAGGACAAGCGGCGAUCACGAUCACGCAGCCGGGACAGGAAGAAGAAGGCUAGGUCUCGCUCAGGUUCAAGGACCAAACACCGUCAUCAUAGCAGAAGUCGCAGUAAGAGCAGGGAGCGAAAGAAAAGGAGUGAGAAAGUGCGCAGAAAGAGUCGAAGCAGGUCUGUUAAUCCACCUGCCUUCAGGGGCCGAAACACAGCUAUGGAUGCACAAGAGGCCCUGGCCAGAAGGCUGGAGAGAGCCAAGAAGCUACAGGAGCAGAAGGAGAAGGAAAUGUUGGAGAAACAACAGCAGCAACAGCAGGAGAUAGCUGCAGUGACUGCCCCUAUCGCAGCAGUAGCUGCUGCAGCUGCAGCGACCACCUCAAACCCUGCCCUUAAUGUGGCGGCCCUCCUGGCCUCUGGGACCCAGGUCACGCCUCAGAUAGCCAUGGCUGCGCAGAUGGCAGCCCUUCAAGCAAAAACACUGGCAGAGACUGGUAUUGCUGUGCCCAGCUACUAUAACCCAUCCGCUGUAAACCCCAUGAAGUUUGCAGACCAGGAGAAAAAGAGGAAAAUGCUAUGGCAGGGAAAAAAGGAGGGGGACAAGUCCCAGACAGCUGAGUUGUGGGAGAAGCUAAACUUUGGAAACAAGAACCAAAAUGUUAAAUUCCGCAAACUAAUGGGUAUUAAAGGAGAGGAUGAAGUCGAAGCUGCCAAACCACUUAACGAUGAAGGCUUGAAGACUCUUCAGAAGCAGGAGGAGAUGUUUAGGAACCUUGACGUUCAGUAUGAAAUGGCUCGAUCACAGACACACACCCAGAGGGGAAUGGGCCUUGGCUUCUCCUCCUCAUUCUCACGUGGAAUGGACUCUAUCUAGUGCCAACCAUUGGCCUUCUUUGCCACUCAUCCAGGAUACCCAAUUAUCGCUAGCCCUCAAGCUUGCAUGGAUGUUGCUCUGAAUCUGCAAUUUAUUUAUAGAAAACAUCUUGCAUAUUGGAACAUUAUAAUGUAAAUAGCCGGAUGCUGAGUUUGUCUCAGUGUUAAUUAAUCUGUACUGUAAUCUUUGCAAAAGGAUGCAUCACUUUGACUGGUUGAUACUGGUUAAUAUUAGAUAUUUGUUUGAAUAAUGUGGUAGCUUUUUUUAAAACUCAAAUAUAUAUUGAUAUGUGGUUGUUUGAACAUUAACUGAAUAUAAUGUGGUUCAGUAGGCACUGUUUACAUCCAUUUAGCAAAAGACAUCUGAAGUCAAUGUAGCAUUAUCAGAAUCCCCCAGAUUAAUUUCUCCUGAUUGGGGAAAAAACAAAACAGUGGGUUGUAAUACAUAGUCUUCAGGAUUGCAAUGGGUAAAGAUGUGCUUGACAUGAGAAAUCACACAUAUUUCAAAUGUUCUUGAAAUAAAUUAGUUUUGUGUUGAAUAAGA